UCCUCCCCUCUUCGUCAUUACUGUCCCUGUCUGAUGACGUAGUCUAGUCGGUGUUUACCAUGGCGGCUAUCUGCUAAUUGAAAGAAAAAUGUGGGUUUUAUAGCUGCAAGAACAGUGAUAGUUUUACGAAAAAAGUCAGAAGAUAUUUCUUUCAGAAUGACCAACAGAACAUCUUAUUUUUAUGACCCAGACGUGGGCAACUUUCAUUAUGGUGCUGGCCACCCCAUGAAGCCUCACCGUUUGUCUCUGACUCACAGUCUUGUGUUGCACUAUGGACUCUACAAGAAAAUGAUGGUGUUCAAGCCAUACAAAGCAUCUCAGCACGACAUGUGUCGGUUCCACUCUGAAGACUAUAUAGACUUCCUACAGAAGGUCAGCCCCAAUAACAUGCAGGGCUUCACAAAGAGCCUCAACACAUUCAAUGUCGGAGACGACUGUCCUGUGUUUCCAGGUCUUUUUGAGUUUUGCUCAAGAUACACAGGAGCCUCUUUACAGGGAGCUACACAGCUCAACCACAAGAUCUGUGACAUUGCCAUCAACUGGGCAGGAGGUUUGCAUCAUGCCAAAAAAUUUGAGGCGUCUGGAUUUUGUUAUGUCAAUGACAUCGUCAUCAGUAUACUGGAGCUGCUCAAAUACCACCCUAGGGUUCUGUACAUCGACAUAGACAUUCACCAUGGUGACGGCGUACAGGAAGCCUUUUACCUGACUGACCGCGUCAUGACUGUGUCCUUCCACAAAUACGGGAACUACUUUUUUCCAGGAACAGGUGACAUGUAUGAGGUGGGAGCAGAGAGCGGCCGGUACUACUGCCUCAAUGUUCCUCUCAGAGACGGCAUCGAUGACCAGAGCUACAGGCAGCUGUUCCAGCCGGUUAUUAAACAGGUGGUGGAUUUCUACCAGCCGACCUGCAUCGUUCUACAGUGCGGAGCAGAUUCUCUGGGCUGUGACAGACUGGGCUGCUUCAACCUCAGCAUACGAGGACAUGGUGAGUGUGUGGAGUUUGUAAAGAGUUUUAAGAUUCCUCUGUUGGUCCUGGGAGGAGGAGGAUACACUGUGAGGAACGUGGCUCGCUGCUGGACCUUUGAGACAUCUCUGUUAUUGGAUGAAUCCAUCAGCGAUGAGCUGCCUUACAGUGAGUAUUUUGAGUACUUUGCUCCAGACUUCACGCUGCACCCUGAUGUCAGCACCAGGAUAGAAAACCAGAACUCCAGACAGUACUUGGAGCAGAUCCGUCAGACGGUGUUUGAGAACUUGAAGAUGUUGAACCACGCGCCCAGCGUCCAGAUCCACGACGUUCCCUCCGACAUGCUGAGCUACGAACGCAACGACGAACCUGACCCCGACGAGAGGGGGGCCGAGGAAAACUACACCAGGCCGGAGGCAGCCAAUGAGUUCUACGAUGGUGACCACGACAACGACAAAGAGAGCGACGUAGAAAUUUGACCAAUGAGAAUGAGAGGAGCGGCGCUUUCCCUUUCAGCAUUCUGUUUGCAUCAGCUGCAGUCUCCAAACAUCACGUCAUCAAUGCAGAUUUAACAGAAACUCAAAAAAAAACUUCUGGAAGGACUGAAAAGACUCUCAAGCUCUGCUCUUUUCCUCAGUAGGUUCUAUUUUUAAAAAGUCCUCAAUCAGCCGCCCUUCACACCGACAUCAUGUUUGUUCCAACACCGUAACGCAUCAGAACAGACGUGAUGUUAGCACCACAGCUUUGUAUAUAACGUCACUGAGGACAUCUCUACAUGCAGCAGUAUUCCCAUUUCAAUUUGGGUCAACACAUGUCACAUAUUGUAACAGGAAGGAUGAGCCCAAAUUACAUAUACUUUCAUAACUCUGGAUACUGAAACAUACAUAACAGUAUAUCAGCUGUGUUCAUGUUAAAAGUUUACAGAAUAAAAUGUUCCCUCUUGUUUUUAAUUUACAAGCAGUGUCAACUAGAAUCAGGAUUCAAAACAAAUUCUACUUUUCUGUAUGUGCACAUGAACAGUCAAAUAUCUAGAUUGUUUUUUUUUUUUGUUUUUUUUACAUUAUUCUACUUGUAAUCUUGUUCAUGUUCUCUUAGUAAUGACAUGUAUUUGACUUUUGAAAGAGGAAAAUGUCAUCUGCAAGAAAUUUUACAAGUAUUUUAAUCAGCUGAAUUUAACUUGUAAGCAGAUAUACGUUUGUUUGGAUUUAGGACUCAGUUUAACUCAUUAUUUUUUUCCCCCCACACAUAAAGUGUCCAAAAAGAACAACAUUUUGAGCAUCCCAAAUGCACGUUCUGUCAACUCGUGAGAUUUAAGAGCGGUUAGUUUGGAGACCUGUGUGACAUUCAGUGUACGUGUGAAGGUGCUCAAUGGAAAAAAAAAAAAACUGUUUCCAUCAGGUGUUAUUUCAUCUUACAAGACACAUGCGUAUGUGGGAAGCUGUUCAAGUGCCUGCCAGGAUCCAUUAGUCACACAUUAGCCAGUUCAGAUGUUUAAAACCACGGUUAAACAUUUUUAGACAGAAUCUCAGAGGAACAAAUUAUUCCAACUGCCAUUUUAGUUCAACACUUUUUUUAUUUUACAGUCACUGUGUAGCUGUCAGAAUGUCUUUUUUUUUCUCUCCACUAGCAUUAUUCAUGUGCCUUACAGCUCUGAAAAGUCAAGCACUGGUGCAGAGCUGGGCACUUCCACAUCAACUUCCAUUUUAACUUGACAUUGAAUUGGAUUUCUACACGUAAACGUCUGUAAAUGAGGCCACUGGACUUGAGCUGAUCCAAACCAGAAUUAUUCUUUUGUCUUUUCAUUCCUUCUUCUGCGUACUCUGGUCAUUACUGUAUAUAUACACACGUAUAAAUGUAUGAACUGUGAGUGUGUUCGAAAUGUAGAGGAGGACAACGGGUGAUGAUGCUGGUAGUUUGGUAUUGAAACAUUUUGUACUGAAGCAGGUAGUUGAUUCAGUGAUCAGAUGUCAGAGUGUUGGUCCUUCACUGUGCAGCGUUAUUAAAAUAGGCUCAUUACAGAUGGCUAGAAAUACGCUCUACCAUCUCUGCCACCUCCAGUCCUCUGUUAGCCAGAAACCAGUUUUAUGUGAUUUUUUUGAUAUUGUCUACUUUUGUUUUUAAUAAAAAGAACAAGUUGAAACACG